CUGUAUAUUGUACAUAGUAAAUACAAUGCUGAACUCGCUUCGAAGGGCUUGCAUGCCCAAUCUACAGCUGCAACAAGUUAGGUUAGGACACAGGAUCCGUGGUAAAGCUCCCAUAUUUUGCCGAACCUUGAAGGAAAGAUUAGAUGAAUUAAAUUAUAAGGAUGAGCUUUACACCACUCGAAUCGACAUCGGAUUUCCUCGGCCUAAAAAUUCGUCCUCAGAAUUGAGAGACGCACGAAUUGAGCGUAUGAAGAAAGUAAAAGCUGACAAGAAUUUAGAGCAGAUGGCUCGCAAUCACAAACUAAAAGUGGAUUUGAGCGAUGUUAGGAAAGAAUGGCUGAAUACACAGGGCCCAAAUCAUAAAAAACUAGUGGCUGACCAUUAUGGUAUCUAUGAACAUCUUUAUGGUGAAGGGUACUUUGUGCCGUACAAGAAUCUUGAAGUACUGUAUGAGCUGAAAGAUGGCAGUUCCUUGCCAGUGUAUUGUGGGAACGUAAUAAAACCUGCAGAAGCUCUGAACCCUCCGACUGUUGCGUAUGAAUCAGAUGGAAACACUAUGUGGACGUUAGUAAUGUCAAGCCUAGACGGCCACUUGAAUGAGAAUGACAAAGAAUAUGUGCACUGGUUUGUUGCUAACAUUCCUGGCAACUUUAUUGAAAAGGGUGACAGCAUAGUGGAAUACUUGCAACCAUUUCCUUUGAAGGGUACAGGAUACCACAGAUAUGCCUUCGUGCUGUAUAAGCAGGAUGGAAGAAUAACUUAUGACAUCCCUCAAGUGACAUCCACAUCUCCGCUGGCGGUGCGCACAUUUGAGACCCGUGAAUGGUACCAAAAGUACCAGGAUAAGAUCACCCCAGCAGGUCUGGCCUUCUGCCAAACUGAUUGGGACUACACCGUUAAAGACUUUUUCCACAAUGUCCUUGACAAGAAGGAACCAGUAUAUGAAUAUGAUUUCCCGGAGCCCUACAUCAAGCCCCAAACAAAAUAUCCAAAGAAGGAGCCGUUCAACCUCUACAUGGACAAGUACCGUGAGCCCAAAAAGAUCAACAAGGAGUACUUGCUACGUAAACUUAAGGACGAAAAUCCCUUCCAGAGACCCACGCCCCCACUCAGGUUCCCCAAUGCCCAUCCAAUGCCGAAGAACAUGCCGUCAUGGCUCAAGUUGCACGAGAAAAAGAUUCGGCUGAAGUGGGGCAGAGUCAACGAUGUCUAAUAUAAUGUAAUAUAUGAAAUAAACCGUAUUAUUAGUAAAAAAAA